AUGGUCGCCUCCCCUUCCCCUCGGUGGUGGCUGUUGGUCCAGGCCGUCUUCUGGCGCUGCUGCAUGCGCCUCGGCAUGUUCAUCCAUGACUUCGCGCCCCCUCGGCCUCCGCGUCGUUCCUUCAUCCGAACCAUUCCGACGGACGAUUCGCACGUUGACCUCUACUUCUACUGUCCGCCCGAUUACCACCAGGGUCGGAAGGAGGGUCGCCGGUGGCCCGUUGUGCUGAAUUUCCACGGUGGGGGCUUCACGCUGGGUUGUGCCACCGAUGACGGUCGCUGGUGCCGGUCCGUGUUGGACGAAGUGGGCGCCGUUGUCGUUAGCGUCGGAUAUCGUCGAGCGCCCGAGCAUCCGUUCCCGGCGGCGGUUGAUGACGGAGUCCGGGCCUUGGAGUAUCUGGCCUCCAACGCGCCGGAAUUGGGCCUCGACGUCUCCCGCAUCGUGCUGAGUGGCUUUUCGGCGGGAGGGAAUUUGGCCGUCACCGUGCCCUUGCGGCUGCGCAGUCUGAUGUCGCAGGCAAUCGUCAACCAUGGAGUAGACCGAAUCGAGUCGACCGACCAGCUUGUCAACUCCUCCGCCAGCGACAUCAACAUCGUCGGCCUGUUCUGUUGGUACCCCAUUCUAGACUUCGAGGAAUCUCGCGACCAUCGCCGCGCCAUGAGCAUCAACCCCAACAAGACCCUUCCGGCCUUCUUCACCGAUCUCUUCGACGAGGCCUAUCUUCCCGACCACGCCGACCGCCGUUCGCCCUAUGCGUCACCCGUGCGAGCCGGAGACGAGAUGCUGGCUGAAUCCCUGCCGCAUGACAUCUUCCUAUACAUCUGCGAGUGGGACAUGCUGUUAAAAGAAGGUCAGCACUUUGUGCGCCGGCUGCAGGGGAUCAACAAACACGUGCGCGCCAUGAUGAUCGAGAAGGUGCCGCAUGCCUGGGACAAGUCGCCGAACCCCUUCCGCGAUCAAGAUCGGGUCGACAUUCUCUACCGCGAUGCUUGUGCGGACAUGAAGGCCAUCUUUGAUGCCUAG